AUGCCGGCCAGCUCUAGCUUACCUGAUGCUCCUACUGAGCUCAGCAAGAAAUAUGAGACCUCGUUAGGCAUUGCGCACACCACCAUGCAGGCCCUUAAGGAUCGUAUCAGGUUACACUAUGACCUGGCUAGCGAUUACUAUCUCAACCUAUGGGGCGAACACAUUCACCACGGCUACUGGCCGACACCAGAGUCCAAGAACACCGACUCCAAAGAGACUGCCCAAGUCAACUUGAUCAAGCUCUUGCUUGACAUCUCUCAGCUCUCUCCCUCAGACAAUCAUCCCAAUCCCAAUGGCGGCGAGACCAUGAAAACCAGUCCUCCCAGUCUCCGCAUCCUCGACGUCGGCUGCGGCCUAGGCGGCACCUCCCGCUACCUCGCCUCAACCCUCGGUGCUGCCGUCACCGGUAUUACCAUCUCCGGCAAGCAAGUGCAGAUGGCAACCAGGUUGAGCAAGAAAGUUGCUGCUGCUGCUCCUACCGGAAACGUUGCCGAUAUAUCCGCUGCCGCCGCCGACGACGAUGAUGAUAAUGAUAAUGAUGAUGAUGAUGAUGAUGGCUUCAUCCCCCUGGCGGGGGGAGGGAAAGUUCGUUUUUUAGAACUGGAUGCGGAGAAGAUGGGGGAGCACUUCUCGGGAAGUUCACAAGCUUCGGGAAGCGACGGUGACGACAGCAGGAAGUUUGAUAUUGUCUGGAUUACUGAAGCGCUUAGCCACUUCCCGGAUAAGGGGCUUUUCUUCCGCAAUGCACAGAGCUUGCUGCGGAAGGGAGGAAAGCUGGUGUUGGCGGACUGGUUUAAGGCUGAGGGGCUGGAGAAGGAGCUGCUUGAGAAAGAUAUCAAGCCGAUCGAGGACGGUAUGCUCCUUCCUCCUCUUUGCACGCAACAGCAAUACGUCGAGCUCGGAACAGACGCCGGGCUGGAGGUGUUAAGCCCACCUAAGGACAUCAGCCAGGAUGUGAGCAAGACAUGGGAAAUCUCCUGGUCCCUAGUCCAGAACCCAUCCCUCUGGGCCUUUGCUUUCAGCCAGGGCCGUGACGGCAUUGCCUUUCUUCAAGCUUUCCGGGCUAUGCGGAGAGGUUAUGCCAACGGGAGCUUUCGGUACGCCGUCAUGGCCUUUAAGAAACCGUGA